CAGGCGGCUGCGGCUUUCCAGAGACCGGCGGCCGGAGCGCGGGCACGAUCCGCGGAGCGAGCCCCACGGGGAGCACGCACCGCCCCGCAUAAGUAGAGCUCUCCGCGUGCUAAAGAAGACAAGAAGAAUCAGGACUGGACUGGAAAUACACGAACAUAAUACACACGAACACACACUCUCACAGUUGUGGAAGAGGUGUGUGUGUGUGUGUGUGUGCGUAUACACACGUGUGUGUGUGUGAAUGUGUGUUUUUUUGUUGUUGUAAUACUCCCGAUUGUGGAACUUGUUUUUGGGUGGGUGAAUCCUCCUGAAGAAGACAAGAAGAAAAAGAAGAUCUCCACCGUCUCUCCAUGAUCUGAGCUGAUAUGAUCUGAUUUGAUCCAGCUGCGUCUUCUUAUCUUGUCUCUUGUUUUUUUGCAUUAUUGCAUUUUUUAUUCUUAUUUUUUUUUCUUUGUGGACGGAUGGAACCACCACCACAACCAGCGAGGAGAAUGCACGAGGAGGCGCCUCGCUCCGGAUGACCAUGUCGCUCACGCGGAGAAGCUCUACACCACCACCACAACCGAGAAGAAGACCCGCUCAGGAAAAAAAAGCGUGUCUGCUUCGAGAAGACCCACCCACUCUUUCCCACGAGCGAGCGCGAGCUCAGCUAGCUUUGACGCGUUGACGCUUUGACUGAGUAGCGUGCAUGCCUGUGGAGAAAAAUACUAAAAACUAAAAAUAAACGUAAAGAAGAUAAAGAAGAGAAGAUAUAAAGAAGAGAUAAAGGAAGUUAAACAAUUGCAAAAAAAAACGACAAUACAAAAAAAAAUCUUGAACAUUGAUUCUUGGACUUUGACUCUUUUGAACUGAAGGAACGACUUGAACAAACAACAAACAAACAUUCAAAAAAGCACCCCAAACUUUUUGAUUUUUUCCCACCACAAUUACAUUUUUUAAACGUUUUUAAAGCGUUUGUAUCCUGCAUUUCGCUUCUGUAUGAAAAGUCAAGUGGAAAGAGUUGGAGACCAGCAGCAGCAGAAGAAGCAUGCCGCGGAGAAAGCAGCAAGCACCGAGGCGAUCUUCAGCCUAUGUGCCUGAGGACGAGCUGAAGGCAGCCAAGAUCGAUGAGGAGCACCUGCAGGAUGACGGCCUCUCCUUAGACGGCCAGGACACAGAGUACCUGUGCAACGAGGAGGAUGAUGCACGUGAGCAGCUAAGCUAUCAAAACUCCCCUCUCAGCAAUGGCACCAACCCAGACGCUGGGUACGGCUCGCCCCUCAGCGACACCAGCGAUCACCUGGCCGACUUCAAAAGCACCACCUCGUCCAAAGAGGGCCAGGACAAGGAGGAGGCGGAGGACAUGGAGACAGAGCCCGGCCUUUCUUUGCAGGACAGUCUUGCACAAAUGAAAGCCGUCUAUGCAGAUCUGAUCUCGGACGCCUCCUGGUCCAGCAUCGCCAAGGACAUUAUGAAAAGCAAGCAAAUGAGCGCCAGCAGCAACAGUACCGCCAGCAACCAUAAGGGGAGCAGCAAUAGUGUUGCGAAUAGCCAUGCAAGUACCACGAACAGCAGUGGGGCCAGCAGCGUUAGCACAGCUAGUGGUAGUGCUAGCGCUAGCGCAGCAACCAGCACCACCACGAGCAACAACACCGCGAACGCCCCUACGUUUACCACUUCUAAAAACGGGAACGUAGGUGCCGCCAGUAGCGGAGGAGUUGCAUAUGACUGGCACCAAGCUGCACUCGCUAAAACUUUACAGCAUACACCAUACCACCUCCUGCCAGAGCCCAGUCUCUUCAGCACGGUACAGCUCUACCGGCAGAACAAUAAACUCUACGGGCCUGUGUUUACCGGUGCCAGCAAAUUCAGAUGCAAGGACUGCAGCGCAGCUUACGACACCCUUGUCGGCCUCACUGUGCACAUGAACGAAACAGGCCACUACCGAGACGACAAUAAAGACCAGGAGGAUGACGCAGGCAAGAAGUGGUCCAAGCCAAGGAAACGCUCCUUGAUGGAGAUGGAAGGCAAAGAGGAUGCUCAGAAAGUCUUGAAGUGCAUGUACUGCGGACACUCGUUUGAAUCCCUGCAAGACCUGAGCGUGCACAUGAUCAAAACUAAACACUACCAGAAAGUGCCUCUCAAAGAACCAAUGCCAGCUCUCGCCUCAAAGCUGGUUCCCUCUACCAAAAAGCGAGUCUUUCACGAUUUAGUGUCCCCAUGUUCGCCCGAGUCCAUCACCGGCACAACUGGUGUUCCUCUGGCAGAAUCCACACCCACCAAAGACCAGAAGGUUGCAAACCCCUACGUCACAGCGAACAACCGCUACGGCUAUCAGAACGGCGCCAGUUACACCUGGCAGUUUGAGGCCAGGAAAGCCCAGAUCCUCAAGUGCAUGGAGUGUGGGAGUUCCCACGACACCCUGCAGCAGCUAACAGCCCAUAUGAUGGUCACAGGGCAUUUCCUCAAAGUCACUAACUCUGCUUCAAAAAAAGGGAAACAACUCGUGUUUGACCCAGUGGUAGAGGAAAAAAUUCAAUCCAUUCCUCUUCCACCCACCACGACACGUCUGCCGGUUCCCACCAUAAAGUCGCAACCAGAUUCCCCGCUGCACUCCUCUGCAGCCGACGAAAGAAGAGAUUCACCGGAUGAAAAAAUGGAGGUGUGUGAACCAGAGAAGAAAAUCAAAGAGGAAAAAGAGGAUCCAUCUGAAAAGCCGGAGAAGCCUGAGAAACCCGGUCAGUACAAAUAUCUGCGAGAGGAGGAUCUGGAGGAGACUCCAAAAGGGGGUCUUGACAUUCUGAAGUCUCUAGAAAAUACUGUAUCCAGCGCGAUCAGUAAGGCUCAGACAGGUACCCCCACGUGGGGAGGCUAUCCCAGCAUCCACGCUGCCUACCAGCUGCAAGGGUCAGUGAAAUCUCUUGCUGCAGUUCAAAGUGUCAAAAUGCAACCUACCUUCAGUGCAAGCAGUCUGAAGUCUCUGUCCACCGAAACCAGUGCCCUCAUCCAUUCUCCGAGCAGCCCGUCCCCACCCCCAAACCAUAAGAACAAUGUCUUAGCCAUGGAGGAGUUAGUGGAGAAAGUCACGGGAAAAAUUGUCUCGAAGAAGGAGAAAGAGGAAAAGCCGAUUGAGCGUAUCCCAAAGCACGGCUCUGCGAAGUCGCCUUCUCCUGUACCCAAGGAGAAGAAAGACUUGCCUCCUCCUGCUGAUUUUACCAAGCCUACAAAGAACGGUACCGCAGAGGAUACUGAGUCAGUCGGUAGGGAUACAGAAUCGAAGGAGAGCCGCGCAGAUACGCCCGACAAGAACGGAAUGGAUGUCCUCAAAACGCCGGUCAGCAACGGUUGCAGCAGUUUGGGAAUCAUCACUGACCACUCACCAGAACAGCCUUUAGUCAACCAUCUCAGUGCGCUGCAGUCCAUCAUGAACACUCACUUAGGCAAGGCUUCCAAAACCGUCAGCCCACUCCUAGAUCCGUUAGCGAUGCUUUAUAAAAUCAGCAACAACAUGAUGGAGAAACCCAUUUACAACCCAACUCAGGUCAAGCAAGUCGAGUCCAUCAACAGAUAUUACGACAACGACGAUCAGCCAAUGGACUUGACGAAAUCCAAGAGCAGCAACGGGCGCACAAACAACUGCUCCUCCACCGUCAUAAGCCACAACAACAACAGCGGCAGCAUCGCCAGCCGCCCCAUUCUCUCCAACUUGUCUGAAUCGUUGUCUUCCCCUCUGCGGGAGAACGCUUUGAUGGACAUCUCAGACAUGGUGAAAAACCUCACGGGCCGCCUGACACCAAAGUCAUCGACGCCUUCUUCUAUCUCCGAGAAGUCGGACGCGGACGGCAGCGCUUUCGAGGACGCCCUGGAGGAUUUCUCCCACGUCCAGAAGAGGAAAGGGAGGCAGUCCAACUGGAACCCUCAGCAUCUACUGAUUCUGCAGGCUCAGUUUGCGUCCAGCCUUCGCGAGACCCCCGAGGGCAAAUUUGUGAUAACGGACCUGGGUCCUCAGGAGCGUGUACAUAUCUGUAAGUUCACUGGUCUCUCCAUGACCACCAUCUCUCACUGGCUGGCCAACGUGAAGUACCAGCUCAGGCGGACAGGCGGAACCAAGUUCCUGAAGAACAUCGACUCGGGCCAGCCCCUGUUCUUGUGCAGCGACUGCGCCUCCCAGUUCAGAACUCCCUCCACUUACAUUAGCCACUUAGAAUCCCAUUUAGGGUUCAGUUUGAAGGACCUCUCAAAGUUAUCUCUAGACCUUAUGAGGGAGCAGCAGGCGGUCACGAAAAUGAUAACGGACAAGACCUUCAAUUCCCUUGCCUUGACCGAGGAGGACUCUAAUUCCAUCUAUCAGUGCAAACUGUGCAAUAGGACUUUUGUCAGCAAGCAUGCAGUCAAGCUGCACCUCAGCAAAACGCAUGGCAAGUCUCCAGAGGACCAUUUGAUCUUUGUCUCUGAGCUUGAAAAGUUAGAUAAAGCCUAGAGAAGAGGAACAGUGGCAGUGAAGUGACUGACUCUGAAGAAUCCUUGCACUACAUCACAGUACUGCACUGCACCUGAACUGAGCCUUCAGUCAAAAUCAGUCAAGAACUAAACUCAUUUCUUGUGCUGCCUGACUGGACCAUGAUCUGUUCUGUUUCUUCUUUCAGUUGUUUUAUUAUUUUAUUUUUUUCCACUUGAUUGAUUUCUAUAUCUUACUUUGUAUUGUAUUUAUAUAUGUGUUGAAAAUGUGCAUGUUUUUUUUUUUUUCCCCAUCGGUGACUUUAUUCAAGAUUCAAGAUUUUCCACUGUUUGUAUUCUGUGGAAUUGAGAAUGAGACCAGCAUGGUAUCCAUGGGCAUGGUCAAAAAACCAGACUGAAGUAAAAGUAAUACGUGAAUAUAGUUGAAUUUGUCAUACUGUACACUUAAAACAACCGGCGGGUUUCACUCCGGCACUCGAAACGUGCACAAAGCAUUAAAGCAGAAUAAAUAUAUAUAUAUAUAUACGUAAAUGGAGUGAGACAUAUUUUGUUAUUUUUUAGCUCUUUUUUCCCAAAUCUGGCUGUGCACCAGUAACACUCUGCAUCCCGUAAAACAGACAAAAAAGAAGAAAACAGAUCUGUGAAAACGACAUAUUGAAGGCAGCGCUGCAUCUUUCAGACCUCAAAUCAAAAGGAUAUUGACGAUCGACUGGCUGCUUCAGAUAACAACACUUUGUGUUUCAAAUGACUUCGUUUUUACGUAUAUUUGUUGGCAGUCGGUUUUGUUGUUAAGUAUCAUUUUUUUACAGUAGCGAUUUGGAAACGUAUGCUUUGGUACCAACUUUUUCUCUUUCUAUAGGUUUGCUUCGAUUUCAACCUGUAAAGACUUAACGAAAUCCUUAUAUACAGUACAUAUAUAUUUAAAUGACCUGCAAUGAUGUACAUGUACAUUUCCAUCAUCAUAUCUUGCCGAUUGCCACAGCAUUGUUUGUAUGGUGUGCAUUCUUUUAUAUUGUCAUUUUAUAAAUAGUAAACAAAAAUGAAAUAAUAUGUAAAUAGAUAUAUAUGCAGACAGUACGUGACCAGUAGCGCCAACGUUCAUCCUUUUGGUCCUCCAGUGUGGUUAAUAUUAAUGGAUUGGUUUGAUGGAGCGCGUCCUCCGGUGCGCAGUGAGUGAGUGUGAGUGGAAAAAGAGCAGUGCACAACAGUAAAUCCAGUGCAUUUCAAUGUUUUUAAUCAUGCCAUUGUGAAAUGUCCCAUCGGCUCAUGAAAAAAAUCUUGUUUUUGUCCCUCAAUUGUAAAAUAAAUCCUGACGCAGUUCUUGACUAA